AUGCUGGAAUUUAUUAGACGACAUAAUGGUACAUUGAAGAUAUUGACGAAGAAAUUCCACAUUGGAAUUCCCCAUAUCGGCGAGGUGAUGCUACCAAGCAAAGAAAUUGACUUCGCCUGCUAUCCCAAGGAGCCCAAUUGGAAAGUUCCAAGCACGGUAGCACUCUAUAUUUUGAAGAGUAAGAUUGCAGUUCCCUAUGCUCAACCCAUUGCCAGAUAUUUAUACAUAGCUGAACCAUUCACCAGGACAACUUGGCUGGCUUUGAUAGUCACUGUAAUAUACGGUAUGGUAAUGCUCUAUGGAACUCAUAGAUCGGAAUUUGGAGUUCACUUGCUCAGCAGCUGGUGUAAUUUAUUGUAUUUGCCUCAGCCACGAAUUCCAGUGCAAAAUUGGCAACAGUCUGUUAUCCAUUUUAUACUGAUUCUCAGUGGAUUUAUACUGACAAAUUUGUAUGCAUCAGUUUUAAAGAGCAUGCUCACAUCGGGUUUAUUUGAACCUCAAUUCAAUUCUCUGGACGAUUUGCAACAUUCUUCAUAUCAGCUAAUGACAACCCAGUACUAUGCUAAUUUUUAUAAAGAUCUCAAACUGAUUCCAGAUGCAUUGAAUGAAAAAGUUUAUAUUACUUCUUCCAAAGAAUUGAAUGCACAUCGGCUCAAGUUGAAUACAAGUUUCAUGUACAUUGCUUAUCGGGACCGCAUGGAUUGUCUUUUAUACCAACAGCACUUGCUGAAGGUGCCUCGAUUCAAGGUGAUCAGAGAAAGCAUAUUGGAUGGAUUAAUGUCGUUUCCAGUGGCUCCAUCUUUGCCAUAUUUACAUAUGUUGAAUGCCUACUUACAACGCACCUUUGAGUGCGGAAUUUAUCAUAAGAUGCUGAGCGAUUCAUGUAGGGAUUCAAUAGAAAGUGGCAUAUGCCAGUUGCUUAGAAAUGAGAGCACGGAAUAUCAACCUUAUGAUUUGCAGUUCUUUUUAUUGGCUUUUGCACUCUGGGUAAUUGGCUUGACUUUGGCGAGUUUGUGUUUUCUGCUAGAAUUGCUAAUCACAAAAAUCUAA